AUGGUUAACACACCAGAUGGUCGGACAUGGAUACUCGACCGUACUGGUCGGGUCUACCUCCCGUGUGCACAAUCCUCGUUCCCGGUCGGCUAUGAAAGCAGCCAAACUCAGAUAGCACCACCAGCUUUGCCAUACGAAUCCAGUACUCGAAAUUUAAAUUGUGUACCAGAAUACGAACAAGAAGAGGCAUUUCGCAAUACCACGACAAACAUACCAAUCUUCCCCAGUAAACGAUGUGCCACACCGUUGCCCAGUAGACCGUCACACUCCCGUGCUGAUUCUACACCCCAUUUGGCGUAUUCCGGCACUCGAGCUGCUUCGAUCAAGGAUCUAUCACGGGUACCGCCACGCUUUGCGACACAAGUAAGCUCUUGA